AUGUCGCGCGGUGGCACCACCUUGUACGUGACUGGCUUCAGCCACGGAACUCGCGCCCGAGACCUCGCCUACGAAUUCGAACGCUAUGGACACCUUGUUCGCUGCGACAUCCCUGCCCCUCGUUCGGCCUCAAGCAGACUCUUCGCCUUCGUCGAGUAUGAGGACCGUCGGGAUGCUGAUGAUGCUUACCAUGAGAUGCACAACAAGCGCAUCGGCCGUGACGACAUUCUGAAGAUUGAGUGGGCUCGCACACCUCCUAGUGCGUCGUGGCGAUUCGACUCUGGCCGGGACCGUGAGCGCGCUCCUCGCCGCUCUUCUCCUCGUCGCGGCCGCUCUCCUUCUCCUCGCCGCAGCACCCGCGACUACUCUCCCAGGAAGGAUGAACGCCGUGACCGCGACCGUGACUACGAACGCGGCGACCGACGUGACACCCGCGAGCGCUCCCGCAGCCCUGACCGACGCGACCGGGACCCAAAGGACGAUCGUGACGACCGGGACCACCGUGAAAACGGUACUAACGGUGACGACAGAAAGGCCCUGGACAGCCCUCCCCCUGCCCACGACGACCUGGAUAUCGCUGCGGAGUGA